AUGCCUAGACACACUGUUACCUCUGAAGAAAGGGCUGAAAGAAGACAAAGAUACAAGAGAGAAUACCAGCAUAAUUGUUGGCAAUCAUUGCAAAUAGAAACAUCAGAAACAGAAACACAACAACGGAAUUCAAUGUCUCAAGCAGAGUAUAUGCGAGAGUAUUGGCAGAAUUGCCUGCAAACUGUGGAGAUGAAAGUGAUACCAACAGUAGAAGUAGAGAAUAUUAAUACUUCUCAAGUAGUUGAGACAGUAGAAGCAGAGAAUAUUAGUAAUUCUCGUGCAGAGUAUAUGUGGGAGUAUCGACGCAGAUGCCCACUUACAGCUGAAAUAGAAGUAGUUCAGGCAGAAGUAGUAAGAGCACAAGUAAUUCAAGCAGAAGUAGUGGGAACAGAAAUAGUGGGAACAGAAGUAGUGGAGACAGAAGCGGCAGAGACAGAAGAGGAGAACCAUAAUUCUCGAGCAGAAUAUAUGCGUGAGUAUAGAAAGGAUCCUACAUGCAUAUGCGGAUAUUGUGAAGGCCUUUUCUUUCAAAAAGAUAUAUCUUCAGUAAAAAGAACCGCUCUUACAGGCAAUUGGGGUUGUUCAGAAGAUAUUGUUGAAAAAACCUUUUGGGCAAUUGACAAUCAUAAGAUACCAAGCACUUUCGUUGGUGAAGAUAUUAUAGACAAUAUUCCACUAUGUUCUACCUGUAUAACAUCACUUAAGAAAAAAACACUUCCAACUCUUGCUCUCUCUAAUGGUCUCCACUUUCCUGAUCAUGUCUCUAUAUGGACACACAAAGGACUAACUGAGCAGUAUAGAAGUAAAGGCGGUAUUAUCAACGUACCUGUUAAUGUUGAUACAAUGGUUUCAUUACUUCCUUGUAAUCUUGACGACUCAAAUACAAUUCACUUGAGUUUAGCUCGUAGGAUGCGUUAUAUCAAAGACUAUAUCAGAGGAAAUUUAAGUCCUGCUAAAGUUUGGAGAGCAGCACUAUUUCUACAGUCAACAACACUCUAUCAAGAGUAUAAUAUCUCCUUGAGUGAUAAUUGGGUACAAGAGGUUGCCAAUAAUGAUACUGAAAACGUAGAAGAGGUUGAUAGGGUUGAAGACUUUGAAGGAAAUGAAGAAAGUAGUACCGAACACGAAUCAAUAAACUCUAGUGAGCAGGAAACGGCUAUAGUUUCAGAUCAUGAAGCUCUCAGACUUUAG